CUCGCUGGCAUUACAGAUAAUUUGUUAAUGGCAGUGACGAUACAGGCAUAUACUAUGUGAUAACGGCGGUGUAAAUAGUAAACGGGUUAGAACAGGCACUGAUUUUCUUUUAUUGUAAUUCUAUAUAUUAUUUAUUAGUUAGACAGCUACAUAAUUUCACAACUUUGCAACCCUGUUUGAAUUUAGUGUGUGAGCAAAAAUAAAAAACAAAUUAAAAAAACAGAAAAUCAUUUAUUCAUUUAAUUAGUUUUAUUUUCUCUUUUCUUCUUUUAACACACACACACACAAACACACACACACACACACACACACACACACACACACACACACACACACACACACACACACACACACACACAUUAGGCCUACUUUAUACACGGCACGAUAUAUUGUUUGUCAAGACGCCUGUUGGUUUUAUAAGUGCUAAAAUUAAAUUACAGCCUACGUGAUAAAUGUACAAUACGCGACAGAAGGGACCCCUGGUUUUGUUCUCUUUUCCUUAAUCUAAUUUACAAAAAAAACAAAGAAACGAACGAAAAGGAUCUUUUGAAUUCUCGAGUGAAAGAAAUAGCACUUUUAUUGAUGUGCUUUAAUUUAAUGUAAUACUUUUCAGUAGAAAUUAUUCAUACUCCUGCAGCUGCAUUAUUUUCGUGGAAACUUCAUAUACUGUUAUGAGGCUUAUUACACAUCAGAGAUUUAGCUCCAAAAUAGACAGUGACCUGAAGUAUCCGGGUCUAAGACAGGAAGGUUGAAUAUAGUAGAAAAAUAACCCCAUACGGGAAUUUUCACUGCAGCCUGCGUUUACCGUUUGAUUCACUUACAGUCUUGUCGUGCUAAAUGUUAAUCUGAAAACUACUGCAUGAAAAUCAAACUAUUGCAGCCUCAUGGUAGACUCACGCAUUUCCCAGUAUUAGCUAGUUUUAUAUGUAAAAUGCUGCUCUAGAAAAGAAAAGCCUGCAGAGGACGAUGUCUGGCCAGUCCAAAAACAAGGAAAAACUACUUUAAAAAAAUAGUUGGUGAGUUUAUAAUUCACGAGUCAGUCUUCUUCAUAUCAUCGAGCUGCAAAGUUUCUGUGGUGCGGUGCUGUUUAAAACGCAUUUUGCUGAGCAGCAAUGGUAGGGUGCUUACGUGUCCUAUAAAAUGUCUCGUAAAAGAAGGCUUCCAAAUACAUUUUGUAUCGUUUUGGAUAACCAAGAGGGGAUUGGAACAGCAGCAAGUGCCAAUAAUAAGGAGCUUGCUGUCAUUUAUUUAUUCAUUCAUAUUUUCAUCAUGCAUACGGUUCCUGCUCAAAUCUUGAUAAUUCUUAAAAGUCGAAGUUGUUAUAGCAGAGAGGGUGAGUAUUUAAUGACCAUAGGGAUUGAUUUAUCCUUUAUUGUUCAACCUUAUGAUCACGUGUGUCUGCUACCCAAUGGCAUGACAGCCUGUCUCCCAUUACUUUCCCACUGUAGUUCUCUGCGGAGCGAAGUUGCUACUUGAUUUCUCCACAUUGUUAUUUUGUGAGGCUGGGUUUACUGCGUGUGUAUGUGUGUGUGUGCGGUGUGUGUGCGCGUCUUGCUUUUGCAUGUAUCUGUUGUAUGACUGUGUACAUGUGAAAGUGUAAUUUUUCUGCCAUGUCGACAUCUGGAACACUGACUAGUUAUUACGUCGAUUCCCUCAUUCUUCCCGAGAGCGAGGAGCUCUCUGUGCCGAGAUACACCUCGGGUCCUGGGCUCCAGCACGCCAGACAGCAUGCCUCCAUCGGCGACCACAGCGAGGUCGGGACUUGCACCUUCCCAUCCAAGCCCCAGGUAUUCGGGCCGUCAUGGAGCCACGUCCCGGCUCAGUUCCCAGGCACCGUCUCCUCUGUGUAUCAUCCCCACUACGGGCAUCACCAAGGCACAGUAGGUGGAGAUACAGAUGGCCGCUAUCAAUCCUGGCUUCUGGAGCCGGUGUCCGGUUCGCUGCCGUUGACCGGAAUACCGACGACCCAUCACUACGGAAUCAAACCGGAGGGACUGGGGGCUCGGGCUGAAGGAGCGCUGCCCGGAUCCCACACGGCGCUGCUGCUCUCUGAUUACGCCAAUGGCACUGUGGCGACAGCAUCACCGGUGGAAAAGGACGAACUCUCCGUCCAGACAGGAGAUCUGAGCGGAGAGAGCGAAGAAAAACCGGGCCUGGAUCCAAAUAACCCAGUGUCCAACUGGCUCCACGCGAGUGCCACAAGAAAAAAGCGCUGUCCGUACACCAAGCACCAGAUCCUGGAGCUGGAGAAAGAGUUCCUUAACACCUACCUGACCAGGGACCGUAGGUACGAGGUGGCGAGGCUGCUAAACCUCACCGAAAGACAGGUUAAAAUUUGGUUUCAGAACCGCAGGAUGAAGAUGAAGAAGUUUAAUAAAGACGGCGCACCGAAAGACGAGUGACUGAACUUUAGAUAAAAGCAGCAUUAGACUGAUAGCGAGCUUGGUGUGUAAAAGCUCUUAACUCUGCUGGACCCUGUUUUUAAACGACAUUGUGUUAUUGUUCUAUAUAACAGCUAUAGGGAUAUUUGUCUUGUAAAAAAAACAAAAAACAAAAGCAUGUUGGGCUUUAGUUUAUUUGCGACUACCUUUAUAUUGCACAAUUUUAACAGUGCACCCUCGUUUUUUUAUGAUUUGUCCUUUUCUUAUGCUGAUUUGAAUUAAUACCUCGUUAAAGUGUAUUAGUUGGCCUUGCCCCCGUGCUCGUUUGUGUGUGACUGUUUCUAGCUCUCUGUGUUCCGGAUUGUAGCUAUAUUUGUUGUCUGUCUCGGAGCCAACUGAGCGUAUAGUUUGUAAAUGUAUUUUAUUGUCGUUUCUCUCUUACUGCUAGAAUAAGCCUUUGACUGAAUUUGAAGCUAACGUAGGAACAGUAGAAAAACAGAGCAAAAUAGGUACAUAAAUACAAGGAACCCUCUGAGAACUCUUAUAAAAUUAAAAAUAUAUGAUAGGCUAGAAGUUGUAUUACAUGCCAUGAUUGACUACCUAUGUCUUUCAACUACCUACAUUGACCUUUGUUUUUCAGUUGUGGAUUGUAGUAGAUUUGUUUGCAUUACUGGACUACGUGUGACUGAAUUUCAGGGAGUCAUUUUCAAAGAGCGUAAUAUUUGUUAGUGAGUGACAAUGGAAGAAAACACUGUAGGCUAGCUACUCAUUUUAAUACCUCGCGGUCAUGCUGACCGUCUGACUUUUGGUUCACAAAUGUAA